AUGGCAACCCAGUUAGCGUAUGAUGAAUACCUUGCGGGGUUUCAGAAGGGCGAGCAAUUGCCAUUCUUCACUCCUAGGACUGCUAUUCCACGACCACUCUCUGAAGCGACAGACAUUCUUGACUCCGAAAAUGAUGACGAGCUCUCGUUACCAGAAGAUUCACCAUUUACGAGUGUGGCUUCUUUCGGUACGGGAAGUGUCUCUACAGCUUCCACGCCGAAUGAAGCCACUACUCCUGAUUCGACCGGGCUGACUGCUUUCGACUUCCACAUCGACGAGAAAUCCAUCAAGGGACCUUCCGGACCUCAUCUGUUCAGGUCAUCCUUGGACUCUUUGGACUACAAUGAGUGCACAGAUGGCGAGGUGAGGUUGCAAGAGCGGCCACCUAGCGCAAUGCUAUCCUACUACCAGUCGGCAUCGAAACUCGAUCCUGUGAGGAGGGACACCCCGGUUCCCAAUCGGAUCUCGUCGACCCCACAGCCGCAAGUCCAGCAGCAGUGCAAUUCAUUUCCCAGGCAGGAACUGGCUCUAGAUGAAGUUCACGCGCGGAACUGGACGCCACGAGAUGUGGUCAGAUGGCUGCAAUGCAAUGGCUUCGACGAUAGCAUCAUGGAAACAUUCUAUGUCAACGACAUCUCUGGCUCGAUUCUUUUGGAGCUUCAAGCGCAGGAUCUGAAAGAAUUGGGAAUCCAGUCCUUUGGCAAGCGCCAUAGGCUCAUGGGCUCUAUCCAAUGCCUUCAAAGCAACCCAAAGUCCAUCGAUCUCAGCGUCCGUCCUCGUCAGAAUUCUGCACCAACUACUGAUGUUCCUCCAACUCCCGUGACGGCGGUUACGUUGAACAGCUCGGACUAUCACUCGGCUUCCACCACUGAUCAGGAGAUGUCGGACAAGAGAUCGAACCAGAACCGGCGGCGUCGUCAUCAGAAGGAUGGCGAACCAUGCAAAGUUAGUGACAUUGGACCAGGAGACUCGAUCUCAAUUGUGGCUAUCGAACAAGUCUUGCCAAAGCUGCACAGUUGCUCCAAGGGCCAGAAUUGCCGCAAGUGGCAGAAACAACAGGCGAAGCUCGCUCAUCUUGCCAAAGAUCUGCCACUUGGCUCCAUGAACGGCCGGCUCAUUCUUGCGGGUGACCCGGGCAAUCCCAAGACGGCGCCCAAUCUUGUCAAGUCUCCCAAGUCAGAUAUCACCCCGUCCCUUGUUGCAUCGUCUGAUGUGAUGGGGCCUGUCCAGGCACCGGAACUCCGCUUGUCUCAGGAGAAGCUCAGUGAGGUGCAGCCCAGAGAUCCUCAAGAGAAUGUGCGAAACUUUCUCAGCUUUCAGAAUCUAAGUCAACUCCGGUCGGUCAAUGACCCUGCCACUCCACCCAGGGAAACGCUUCCGUCGCCAGAGUCAGAGUCGCCUCGGUCGGUCAAGGGGAAUCCCACACUGAGCGAGAAUCUCCGCCAUCUUCCAAAAUUGAUGAUUCCUAGGACGCAGGACGACUCCGACAGUGGUGUUUUGUCUCCCAGCUUUUCCGGACAGCGGACGGUCACUCCGUCGACGGAGCGGAAAAAGCCUUACUUUGACCAAGAUUGUCCAACUGCUAUUCCUCGUGAUCACCAGCCGUAUGCAUAUGGCACCACAUUUUCGCCGGGAGACUUCUACCGCUCCGACCCCCAUUACGGCCAGGGCACUCCUUUCUCUGAGGUAGAUGUUCCUAUCACCGCGAUCCCGAUAGGGCCAGUUCCUCGCGAGGAUUCUCAGUCCGUACCUCCAAACAUGCGAUUCGGUGCGGAUCGGCAGAUCAUGGCUGAACCGAUCUGCCGACCAGCGUCCACCAAAGGCGAAAAUCGCCAUCGCAGGAACACGUCCAUCCAGAAUGUUACAAAGCUUGCACCCCUUGACGAACGCUAUGCAUUCAAUCCAAUCGAGACGCCUGAAGACAUGGAAAAGACCCCGCGCGCUGCGCAUUGCAGAAACAACCCGUACUCCCCCACUACAAGGCGAUCACCAAGCGACAUCACCCACAGUGGGUGGAUGAGAAAGCGCAAGACCACGCGACUUCUGCGACACGAAUGGGAAGAGCACCAUUUCACUCUCCAGGGCACUCAGCUUGCCAUGCAUGAGGAUGAACUCUCCGCUCGUCGCAACUCCAAAGCUCUUGAAUACAUUGAUGUCGAUGAUUAUGCUGUUGCCUGCUCAUCGCUGGCCUCUAGCUCUAAACUGACAGCCGCCUUCAAGAAGACUGUUCUCAAACGCAGAAACACGCCGCCGGAUGAAUCUGCCUUCUCUUUCUCCCUGAUCCCGGCGCCUCCCCAUGGCAAUGGCACUGUGGAUAAGAAGACUUUGUUCUUGAACAGUGGAAAGUCACACCAUUUUGCUGUGAAGACCAGAGAUGAGCGGAUUGACUGGAUGCGUGAACUUAUGCUUGCAAAAGCUCUCAAACGAGGUCGUGAGAGCGGGGCUACUAUGAACGUCAAUGGCAACGUCAUCUAG